AUGCUCACGAUCGUGGUCGCCAUUCCCCUGGCCGUUCUGGUCAGGCAUCUAAUCUCCCCGGCCUAUGACCCACGGGAGCCGCCCGUGAUCAAGCCCAAGAUCCCGUUGAUCGGGCAUAUUAUCUCCAUUGCGACCGAGGCUUCUGGGUACUAUCAGCGGUUGUUCAAGAAAUACCGGCUACCCAUUUGCACACUCCCCGUGCUCAACUACAAGAUCUACGUGAUCAACUCGCCUGCCCUCAUCGCAGCCGCCCAGCGCAGCAAGACCCUCUCGUUCGAAGUGUUCAUCCGGCAUUUCUUCAUUAAUGUGAUAGGUGUGCCCCAGCGAGAGAGCGCCAAGUUUGCCGACCCGAAGUGGUUGGCUACCGUAUCGAAGCCGCUAGCGGCCGGGCUCUCGGGUGAGUCCCUGAGAGAGAUCGCAGCUGUAGGGCUAGGGGGUAUUGCGAGGGAGUUGAAUGCUGUGACGGGGGAGAAAGGGGUCAGGAUUGGGGAUGUGGAGGGGUGGUUGACGGAUAUGCUUUCGAGAGUUAUUAUGCGGGCACUGUAUGGGGAGAAGAAUCCCCUGAGUGUGGAGGUGCAUCGUAGCAUCUGGGAGUUCGAUAAGAAGAUCUUCCUCAUUGCUCUGGGUCUUGCGCCAAAGCUCUUUGCCCGAAAGGCGCUCGCUGCUCGCGAUGAGAUCCAAAAAGUGCUGGCACCCUUCUACCUCAACCGGCUCGACGAGGGCGAAGAUGUCUCAGCGUAUGUCAGGAACCGCGCAGCGACCAAGCGUGCGACUGGCACACCCUCCGAGGACCUAGCCGCAACCGAGUUCGAUGUUGCCUGGGCCUCCGUAACCAACACAACGCCAACGAUGAUCUGGACCUUUGUCAGCAUUUUCUCCCGUCCAGACGUCGUUGAACGCAUCCGCACCGAAGUCCUCUCUGUGACCACGAUCGACAACAACACCGCCACGAUCGACUACUCCCGGCUUCAGGAACAACCAUUCCUCAACGCCUGCUGGCAGGAAAUCCUUCGGCUGUACAACGACGGCCAGGGCACCCGGUUCGUGAUCGAAGAUACAGUGUUGCGCGACGCCGACGGACAAGAGUAUCUCCUGAAGAAGGGCGCAGUGGCGCUUUGGACGGUCGGCGUGUCACACCUGAACGACGACAUCUGGGGCGCCGAUGCGCACGAGUUUCGGCCCGAGCGGUGGCUGGGAUUGUCGCCGGCCGAGGAGAAGAAGCAGAAGGGCGCGAUGUUCCCCUUUGGAGGGGGCAAGCAUUUGUGUCCGGGAAGGAUGUUUGCCGCUAUUGAGAUUAUCGGCUUUGUAGGUGCCGUUGCCCUGGCCUUUGAGGUCGAAGACGUUACCGUCCCGGAGAUGUUGACCCCAUAUCCUGGGGCGGGCGUGAGGAGGUGGAAAUGGGGGCCAGGAGGGCCGGGCGAGGUAAGGCUAAGGAGGAGGAAGGGUUGGGAGACGAUGGAGAUCAAGUUCUCGACUGAGGGGGGAAUUUGGGACAAUUCUAAGUGA